CCGGGCCGCCAGCAGUGAGAGAAGAGGGUGCGCACAUCACACGGCAGGGCCUGACUUCGACGUGCUCGCACCUCGUACGUAGCCGACAUCCACGGAAAAGCCUCCGUACUUACUGAGGUGACCACCAUGAUUUGCGGCCUGUCGCUGGUGAUGCUGUCGGUGCUGGUGGGAGCCUCGGAGGCAGCCAAGAUCCUGUCCAUCGUGCCGUUCCCUGCCGUCAGCCACCAGGGACCCCUCAGGACGAUGAGUCUCGAGCUGGCCAGGAGGGGCCACCAGGUCACCUUCAUCACCACCAACCCGUCCAAGAAAAGCAUUGCCAACUUCACAGAAAUUGACAUAUCUGCCUCGUACAAGUAUCUGAGAACAACCUCUGACUGGAUGGCGAUGGCCCAUUGGACGGCGACCGACAUGUUACUUUCAUGGAAGAGGCUAGGCGGUGGUAUCUGUGAGGGCGACCUCAGCGCUCCGGAGAUGCAGGAAUUCAUAAAGUCUGCUCCAAAAUUCGACCUGGUCAUUUUGGAACGAUUGCUGACGCCGUGCUUCUACGGUCUGAUUCACAAAGUGGGCUCUCCACCUCUCGUCGGAUACAUUACCGUAAGCGCAACUAUCCCCAGCCUCUGGAUUGACGGAAACCCAAGUAAUCCUGCUUACCUUCCAGACUUUCUGGUCGCCUCUUCACACCGCAUGUCAUUCUGGGAAAGACUUUACAUGACAUAUCUAUGGCUCUGCACAAAUUAUUACUUCUUAUAUGUAUUGAUGCCGGACCAAGAAGAAAUCCAGAGAAAAUAUUUCGGAUCUGACAUCCCAUCAGUUUAUGAAACUGAAAAAAAUUUCAGUUUGAUGCUUAUAAACAAUCAUUUCAGUAUAAACUACCCUCGACCGAACCUGCCAAACAUGAUAGAACUGACUGGACUGCAUGUGGAACCCAACCCACCGCCUCUACCUAAGGACAUACAAGACUGGCUGGAUGGAGCAGAAAACGGCGCCGUUUACUUCAGUCUGGGUUCUACUCUGCAAGCAAGUAUGAUGCCUGAAGAUAAAAGGCUGGCGUUUCUCGAGGGUUUCAAAAAAAUCCCACACAGGGUGCUGUGGAAGUGGGAGAAGGACAUGGACGACCUGCCACCCAACGUCAAAGUCUCAAAGUGGCUGCCGCAGCAGUCUGUACUGGCACAUCCCAGUGUCCGCGUGUUCAUCACUCAGGGCGGCCUGCAGAGCUUUAACGAGGCAGCCUAUCACGGGGUUCCUCUACUGGGGAUUCCCUUUUUCGGCGACCAGCAACAUAACGUGGCGAAAAUGGUCGACGCUGGCAUUGGCAUUGAGCUGAAAUUCUGGGACGUCACGAAAGACACCAUUUCGGACGCCAUUCUAAGGCUUAUUGAGGACAAAAGGUUCAGCGAAAACAUGAAGCAGUUCUCAGCCGUCUACCGUGAGCAUAAGGAAGAGAGCCUUCCUAAAGCCAUGUGGUGGAUCGAGUAUGUACUUCGACAUAACGGGGCUCCACAUCUGCGCAGUGCCGCAAGAGACCUGACCUGGUACCAAUACCUGCUGCUAGAUGUCAUUGCCUUCGUGCUGGCUGUAGUAGUGUCCAUUUGUAUAGCUUUGUACUGUAUUGCUAGGUUUCUCAUCUCCAAACUGUUUAAAUCAAAGAAAGUGAAAAGUAAUUGAGAACCUAAUCUUCUGUUAUACAGAAGUCUCUUUGCACACUAAUUUAUUGAGUGUCUUGAAUGAAAUGGUGGAACUGAUGCAUGCACAAUGAUUUGUAAAACAUUUCUUGAGAUUGUGUCACCUGAAAUACAAUGUAUACAACGUUUUGCUCUCAUUUGCAUAAUGUUAUAAUUGGGAAAACUAUCUCUCCUAAGAGGCAUCAAGCGCAUUUCCUCUGGGAUUUCGAAAGAUUUUUUUUUCAAUUUCGUACUUGGAACUUGUAGCUGAUGUCGACGCGAACAAAUACUCCCUAUUAUGUCUUUCGCGCGGCUCUCAGCGUCAACGGAAAGCGUCGGUUUGCCUCCUGUUACAAACAAAAUGAUUUUAAAGCCGAAUUUUACGACUCCAUUCCAGAGAGCUACCCCAUAUUAGUCUAGUGCAAUUUUCGUUUUUUUUAUCGACGUAUAUUAAAAGGGUCAGUAAAACAGUACGGUAGUCUUAUCAGCGACUGGCACGCCACCCUGGCCCAUGCUGACUGCGACUGCCAUGUAGCAGCACUGCUGAGUCUCUGCUGGAGUAAAAGUUACCUUCGGGUUUUACUGUCCGUGUUAAUAUCAAUGAAACGAAGAUUGCAGUAGGCUGAUUUGGGACUGCUCUAUCGAAUGGGCAUUAACGUUUAGCUUGAAAAGUGACUUUGUAAUAUGAAACAAAGCGACACUCUCUGUCGACACUGGGUGUCUCGCAAAAGACAUGAUGAGCAGUAUUUGUUUUGGCUGACUCCACCAACACAUAUGAAAAACAAAACAGCAAAUAUCUACCGAAAUACCAGAGGAAAUUCCGCUGACGAGUCUUAGAAAGGACACACUGUAUAUAUUUUUAGAUACUAAAUCCAAAUGAAAUACUUCAUCCUUUUCAGGAUACUUCAUUAAAUAAAAACAUUCUGAACAUU